AUGGUCGAUCUGCAGUCGGAACGAGUAUCUCCGGUACAUCCGUUCCUUAGAGUAGGCGUGGAUUAUUGCAGACCGUUCCUGAUCAAAUACCCGGUUCGUCACGCGACUCCCACGAAACCUUACGUCGCCAUUUUCAUCUGCCUCGUUACGAAGGAUUCCGUCAUUCGUGGAGCGAUCGAGGACGGUACAGAGUUUCCCUUCAUUCCGGCAAGAUCUCCCAACUUCGGUGGUCUUUGGAAAGCCGCGGUUAAGUCCUUCAAGGGUCAUUUCAAGCGUACCAUUGGCGACCGUGUGCUGCAGUACGACGAGAUGAUCACCGUGUUGCCACAAGUUGAAGCGAUCCUCAAUUCCCAGCCACACACGCUGGUCAGUAACGAUCUGUCGGACUUCGGAGCGUUGACGCCAGGUCACUUCUUGGUUCAGCGACCGUUGACAACAGUUCCAAGCUAA